CACCAACGGUACUCCUCCUCCUCCUCUUCACCAUCAUCGUCCACAGAACAACCAAGACUGUAUUCCUUCACGCCGCGGUCGCACCCAUACCGCCUCUCUUUCGCCAACAGCCCGCGCUACAAGCUGUACGGAGCAAAAGGCCCACACUAACUCUCGUUCAAGGCGUCCGGACAUUGGCGCAACCUUCCCCCUAUCUCCGUCGCUCACUGCAUUCUCCCACCGGCAUCACAGCGAAGCCCACGACCAGCAUGACCAUCCCAGACGGAAUCAAGCCCGCGAGGCCUUCCCCGCUCGCUAAAUCCGCCGCCGUCCCAGCCGACGACAAUGUCACCGUCCUUCCUUCGCCGAGCGACGCCCCAUCAAAACUGAAGCUCUCGGGGAACAUCAUCUCCGUCACCUGCUUCACUCCGUACACGAUCGGCUACCGACGGAAAGCCAAAGACGUCGAUGAACGCGAGGCCGGCAGCUCGACGUGGGAGUUGACCCCGCGCCGCGGAUCGUCCGCCUUGUAUGACACUCUUAAACACUUGGCCUCGAAGGAGAGCAAGUGGAAUCAUACCAUCGUAGGAUGGACCGGCGAUAUCACGGAGCUCUCGGCGAAGGCUGCGACGAAUCCGCUGCAGCACCUACAGAAUUCUAGGACCGCCCAGGUCGGCAAUCCCCCGCCUGCCACCGGAAAUAUCCCCGGGAGAAUCCAGCCCGGAUUGUUGAAUCGCACCAAGAGUUUUCAGACUCCGCCGCCGGUUCCGGUUUUUAAGGGAACCCAGAACAGAAUGACGAUGACGGCGUCGGACUUUUCUCGCGAACGGCCUGAGGAGGAACAGGUGCCGAAGGUUACCAAGGAAGAGCGGGAGGAGCUGCAGACUGUCCUGGGAAAGUGUGCUGCUGAUGUUGGUUGGGAAAAGAUUCGCGCUGUGUGGUUGGGAGACGAGGAGGAUGGAGGUGUCACUCUGACCUCGAUGACUAGGUGGGUGCAGUACGCCGAGAAGGUCCUCUGGCCUACGUUCCACUACAUCAUUCCUCAGACGUUUCCCAUGGCCGAGGGAUCCUCGCUCGAGGAGAAGGGCUGGUGGAGGGAUUACUUGCGAUUCAACAAUGCCUAUGCGGACGAGAUUAUGAAGAUAUACACCCCCGGCGACAUCAUUUGGAUUCACGACUACCAUCUACUAGUCCUGCCGGAGAUUCUCCGUCAGCGUAUUGGGAGGGAUGUUCACAUCGGCCUCUUCGUCCAUGCUCCAUGGCCCUCGUCUGAAAUAUUCCGCAUCCUUUCCAGACGGAAGCAGCUUCUGAGUGGAAUGUUGGCCUCCAACAUGAUCGGUUUCCAGUCCGAGACCUACAAAGAACAUUUCGUGUCGUGUUGCAAGAGGAUUCUGGGAUUUAGAGAAUCUCUGGACUCAAAGGGCAACUGCACCGGAGUUGAGACUUAUGGAUCCCAUUGCGCAGUGCACACAUUGCCCAUUGGAAUCGACUAUGAGAAAGUCAAUUCUGCAGUUAGGAAUCGGGGCGUCGAGGAAAACAUGGCGAAGAUUAGAAGCGGAUAUGGAGACCGAAAGAUCAUUGUCGGUCGUGACAGACUCGACAGUGUUCGCGGAGUGCUGCAAAAACUGCGCGCUUUUGAGCGUUUCUUGGAGACGAAUCGCGAAUGGAUCGAUAAGGUUGUGUUGAUCCAAAUCACAUCUCCUUCGUCGUUGGUGGAAUCACAGGCGAUUGAGAAUAAGGUGUCUGAACUGGUUUCCCAGAUCAACGGCAGAUUCGGGUCGCUACAUUACACCCCCGUCCAGCAUUACCCCCAAUAUCUGCAGCCUCAGGAGUACUUUGCACUCCUGCGCGUCGCUGCUCUUGGGUUGAUCACCAGUGUGCGAGAUGGGAUGAACACGGCAUCUCUAGAGUACAUUAUCUGUCAGGAAGAGACACACGGUCCCGUCAUCUUGUCCGAAUUCACCGGAACGGCCGAGUCGCUGCAUGACGCUAUCAUCGUCAACCCCACAAACACAGAACAGGUCGCAUACGAGAUUGCGAGAUGCCUAUCAAUGUCCGAGGAGGACAAGAAAGCGCAUCAUGCUAAGCUCUACGAGUACGUAACCACCAACACCUCACAGGCAUGGAACUCGCGCUUCCUGAGCUGUCUCUUCGAUGAGCUCGUGUUCGACGCCUCCCACCCCAUCACACCGGUGCUGGAUUCGCAGCGCCUGCUCACCGCCUACAAGGAGAGCAAGGAGCGGCUCUUCAUGUUCGACUACGACGGCACGCUGACGCCGAUCGUCACGGACCCGGAGAUGGCGAUCCCGGCCGACCGAGUCGUUCGUACGCUCAAGCGUCUUGCGCAGGAGCCUGGUAACUUAGUCUGGAUCGUAUCCGGGCGCGACCAAAAUUUCCUGAGCAAAUGGCUCGGUCACAUCGACGAGCUGGGCCUCAGUGCCGAGCACGGCUGUUUCCUGCGCUACCCAGGCCAGACCGAAUGGCAAAACCUCGCCGAGCUCAUGGACAUGAGCUGGCAGGCAGUCGCCGAAGACGUGUUUGCACGGUACACGGAAAAGACUGCCGGCUCGUUCAUCGAGAAGAAGAACGUAGCCGUCACGUGGCACUACCGCCGCGCCGAACUCGGCCUGGGAACGCACAUGGCCAGCCUCUGCCGCGCCGAGAUGGAAGUGGCACUCAGCCAGUGGCCCGUUGAGGUCAUGGAGGGCAAGGCCAACCUCGAAGUGCGUCCGCAGGCGCUCAACAAGGGCGAGAUCGCGCGCACGCUCGUCAAGGCCAUGAAGCGCGACGACGGAAAGGGCGUAGGCUUCGUCCUCUGCGCGGGCGACGACCGCACCGACGAGGACAUGUUCGAUGCGCUCAACCAGCUCGAGGAGCAGGGCCGCGACGGCGAGGCAGGCGAGUUGAAGAAUAUCUUUAGUGUUACCGUCGGCCCGAGCUCGAAGGUCACCUCUGCAAAGUGGCAUGUACUCGAGCCCAGCGAUAUUGUCGACGCGGCCGGCCUCUGUGUCGGCAUUGUGGAUCCGAGGGAUGCGGGCGUUUGUAAGGGUGUCGAGGCUUAGAUUUGUUUCUGCGUGCGUGCGAUUUGGACUGAUCUGCGAAUAAGGCUUUUUUCUCUUCCUGUUUUGUUUUGUUUUGUUUGUUUGGUAUGUCCUUUGUAGAGAUAAAUGGCAACAGGGUACAAUACGAAAGAACGGUGGGGUCCUUUGACAGUCCUUGUGUGGUUGAAACUUGAGUGACUUUUGAACCUCCCCUCGCACCUGCCACCGCGAGUGAUAGGUAGUGAAUACCAGUCUCC